AGGUCGCAGACCAAACCAAUCGAUCACCGAAAUGAUCUGAAAGGGAACAUCGCGAUUACCGAGCGACAGAUCUGGCUCCAUCAUCUACACAAAAAUACACGAAGUCAACGCGUUUAGGAAGCUGCUGGCUGAUUCGAAUCUGUACAAACUAAAAAAAAAUAAAAAAAAAUUCAAUGAUAUAUACCUCCCAAGGGUUUAGAUGGUGGUUUAGAUGUUAACAAGUUUGCUUCACACCUCCAGAGAUGCAUGUUCUCCGCAUGUUUCAAGGGUUUCAUCCGGGUACUCCGGUUUAAUCCCCCAGUCCAAAGACUUGAAGGCUGAUUUCCAAACUGUCCGUAGUGAAUGUGUGUGCGCGAUUGUGCCCUGUGAGACGGGUUGGCACCCCGUCCAGAUCGGUCGGUGUCCCCGUAUUGUGCCCGAGUUCCCUGGGAUAGGCUCCGACACGACCCUGUGUAGGAUAAGCUACAUAAGGUAUGGAAAAGGGAUGGAUAGAUGGAUAUACCAAAGAACCAAAUAAAAGACUGUGCUGGCGUGCUGUUAUAGGAACAUAAUCAAUGACAGGAUGGUGUGAUGAAGCUAUGAGUUAUCAAUGAAGCAGAGUUAUUAAUCAACAACAUGCAUGAGUGAUGACUUGGGUUAAACAUUUUUGUUUUUGGCAGGGGGUAGGGGUGUUCACUGUUAAGAAUUCAACUGUGUUGUGGUCCAUCCAACUAUUCCUUUUGUAUACCGCUUAUCCUACAGCGUCGCGGGGAACCUGGAGCCUAUCCCACAAGGCGGGGUACACCCUGGACGGGGUGACAAUCCAUCGCAGGGCACAAUCACAUACACAUUCACACACCCAUUCAUACACUGCAGACACUUUGGAAAUGCCUUUUGGAUCAGCCAUCCGUGUACGCACAGGGCAGGAGUUGCAAUCGAACCCGCAACCCUGGAGGUGUGAGGCUAACCACUAAGCCACCGUGCGCCCAAGUGUUAUGGUAUAUACAUGUUAUAUAUAGUGUAUACAUAUUACACAUUCAGUCCAGACCCCAUGAGCAAACAUUUUACUAUUUCUUAUCUUCAGUAACCACUUUAUCUUGGCAGGCUUCAUGGUGGAUCCAGAGCCUAUCCUGGAAAUACUGGUCGUGAUGUGGGAAUGCAUCCUGGACAGGAGAGUGUAGUCCAUCACAGGGCUCCAUGCACGCACAUUCACACCUUUAAUAUGCAAUUCUUAGCCCACAGGUUCCCAACCCCUUGCCCUGCACAUUUUAAUGUUAUUGUUUGUUUUACCAGCUCCCGACACACCUGAUUUAACUAAUCGGCUAAUCCACCUACUGGCAUGUUUAUGGGAGGAAACCAGAGACCCCAGGGGAAACUCACACAGACACAGUGAGAACAUGCUAAACUCCAGACUGACAGUAACCCAACAUCAGGAUUGAACCAAGGACCCUGGAGCUGUGAAAAAGCAACGCUACCCCGCACCAAUACGAUGCCUGCUUUCAAAAGUCCAGGAGAAAAACAUGCAGGCUUUUCUGAAAGGAUCUACACAAGGUGUUAAACCGCAGAAGGACAAAGCUACAGCUUCGAGCAGUGGAGAGAAUAAGCGACAGAAACCAGUGCCAUGGGUGGAGAAAUACAGACCUAAGUGCGUGGAUGAAGUCGCCUUUCAAGAGGAGGUCGUUGCAGUUUUGAAGAAAUCGCUAGAGGGCGCUGAUCUCCCAAAUCUUCUGUUUUAUGGCCCACCGGGAACAGGAAAGACUUCCACUAUUCUUGCUGCUGCCAGAGAGCUUUAUGGCCCAGAGCUUUACCGACAGAGAGUGCUGGAGCUGAACGCCUCGGAUGAGAGAGGGAUUCAGGUGAUCCGGGAGAAAGUGAAGAAUUUUGCUCAGCUCACGGUGGCUGGUACGCGGACAGAUGGGAAAUCAUGUCCUCCGUUUAAAAUCAUAAUUCUGGACGAGGCGGAUUCUAUGACCGGUGCGGCCCAGGCCGCGCUCAGGCGCACCAUGGAGAAGGAGUCACGCACGACCCGCUUCUGCCUCAUCUGUAACUACGUCAGCAGAAUCAUUGAGCCUUUGACGUCCCGCUGCUCCAAAUUCCGCUUCAAACCCCUCACUAACGAGGUCCAGCAGGAGCGUCUGCUGGAAAUCUGUGCGAAGGAGAAUCUCAAAUACAGCAAAGAGGGGAUUGACGCGCUGGUCAAAGUGUCGGAGGGAGAUCUCCGGAAAGCUAUAACGCUCCUGCAGAGCACGGCCAGGUUCAGCGCGGAGAAAGAGAUCACGGAGAGCCUCGUCAUAGAGAUCGCAGGGGUGGUUCCACCCAAAGUGAUUGAAAAUCUGCUUCAGACCUGCUACAAAGGCAACUUUGAAAAAUUAGAGGUUGCCGUGAAGAAUUUGGUAGAUGAAGGCUACGCUGCUACACAGAUCCUCAGCCAGUUCCAUGACGUUAUUAUAGAGGAGAAACUGGGUGAUAAACAGAAGUCUGUCAUCACUGAAAAGAUGGCUGUUGUUGAUAAGUGCUUGGUGGACGGAGCUGAUGAAUACUUGCAGCUGCUGAACCUCUGCUCCGUGAUCAUGCAGCAGGCCACACAGAGCGCCUGAGCUCGCCACGAACCUUCAACACCUGCUCUCUAUCUCACGUAGAUUUAACUCAUUUUGUACAUUUAAAAAAAAAAAAAAAAGGUAAUUAAAAAUGUUUUCUUAUA